UGCGCUGCAGAGCAAAGUCAAAACCAGAGGAAACAGCUGCGUAAAGACGGAGGAGGAAGACGCACGAAGAAGAUACGUUUUGACUGUAAUAGACAGGAAAAAACAACGAGACGGGGAGUUUGCGAGGAAGAGGUGAACGCGAUUAGACUAUUACACAUUAUUUGGGAUCCAGCCGGACACACCAGGAAGAGAGCGAAACGCGUCUGGAGAAGCUUGUGGACCUUGCACCGUCUAUAAGAGCCUUGCCUCUCACUGUCUGGCACGCGUUUGAUCACAUGCGGCUCAAUCUCCUGUCCUCCUUCUCUUCAGUCACUCCUUUGCGAACCCACGUGUUGCUGAUCUGCUGCGGCCUCAAGAUGGCAGGAGACGAUCGCAGAUAACUGGGGCGAAAAGUUAAGUCUUCUGUCGCACAUCAAGGCGAGAAUCUCUUUCAAUUGUGACUGAAAUCUCAGAAAACAGUUCUUCGUUUUAAUAAAUCAAGCAAUAAAGCACCGAAACACGAACAAUGGCGUUCAACAACCCCGCCCCAACACAAAAGGAGAACAAUGGCAGCUCCUCAUCUGUGAAGUCUGAGUGCCCGGACGAGUCCAUGAAGCUGAAGAAGGAGAUCUCCCUCCUGAACGGGGUCUGCCUGAUCGUGGGGAACAUGAUCGGCUCGGGGAUCUUCGUCUCACCCAAGGGCGUCCUCAUCCACAGCGCGUCCUACGGCCUCUCUCUGGUGGUGUGGACCGUCGGAGGGAUCUUCUCCGUGUUCGGGGCCCUGUGCUACGCCGAGCUGGGGACCACCAUCACCAAGUCAGGGGCCUCCUACGCCUACAUCCUGGAGGCCUUCGGGGGUUUCAUGGCCUUCAUUCGCCUAUGGACGUCGCUGCUGAUCAUCGAGCCGACCAGCCAGGCCAUCAUAGCCAUCACGUUCUCCAACUACAUGGUGCAGCCCAUCUUCCCCACCUGUAUAGCUCCAUACUUGGCCAACAGGCUUCUGGCUGCCGGAUGUAUAUGUUUGCUGACCUUUGUGAACUGUGCCUAUGUAAAGUGGGGCACCAGGGUCCAGGACUUCUUCACCUACGCCAAAGUCAUCGCUCUGAUCGCCGUCAUCAUCACUGGCCUGGUGAAGAUGGGACAAGGUCACACACAGAACUUUGAUGGGAUGUUUGAAGGCUCAUCUCAGGAUCCGGGACACAUUGCUCUGGCUCUGUACUCUGCUCUGUUCUCCUACUCGGGAUGGGACACCCUCAAUUUUGUCACAGAGGAGAUCAAGAACCCAGAGAGGAAUCUGCCACUGGCCAUCGCUAUCUCCAUGCCCAUCGUCACCGUGAUCUACAUCCUGACCAACGUGGCCUACUACGCCAUCCUCCCCAUGAACGCCAUCUUGGACAGUGAUGCUGUGGCUGUGACGUUUGCAGACCAGGUGUUUGGUGUCAUGAACUGGACCAUUCCCUUGGCUGUGGCUCUUUCCUGCUUCGGAGGACUCAACGCCUCCAUCCUGGCUUCCUCCAGGUUGUUCUUCGUGGGCUCCAGAGAGGGCCACCUGCCCGACUCCCUGUGCAUGAUCCACGUCCACCGCUACACCCCCGUACCCGCCCUGCUCUUCAACGGCCUCAUGGCUCUGAUAUACCUGUGUGUAGAGGACGUCUUCAGGCUGAUCAACUACUACAGCUUCAGCUACUGGUUCUUUGUGGGUCUGUCCAUUUUGGGGCAACUGUAUCUGCGCUGGAAGCAGCCGGACAGAAAGAGGCCACUCAAGCUCAGCAUCUUCUUCCCCAUCGUUUUCUGUGUGCUCUCGGUCUUCCUGGUGGUGGUGCCGCUCUACAGUGACACCGUCAACUCCCUGAUCGGCAUCGGCAUCGCCCUGUCGGGAGUGCCCGUCUACUUCCUCUGCGUCUACACUCCGGCCAAUAAGAGGCCACAGCGGCUACGGAGCCUCAUUGCUAAAGCCGGCGUGCUGAUUCAGAAGGUGUGCUACUCUGUUGUGACUGAAAUGGACAAGUCAGAGUAGAUGUUUGGUUUCAACACCGUGCACCUGCACCCGUCGCAGCCAGCCGCCUCCGCCACAGCAGCAGCGAGGCCUCGCUGGUCGUAACAUUUGGGCUUGAGCUGGACCCAGCUCUCUGAUGGUGAUCAUGUUAAUGAAUGUAUGAAUGAUGGCGCCCGGGCGCUUGUUGGCGAGACUUCACUCUAGCCGACUGAGACUUCAGAGGACAUUUUUAAUGCACUCCUGAAGAAGUCAACGCCUCUUUCUAUCACAGAACUGUACGUAUUAGUAGAGAAAUUAUUUAAUUGGUAUAUCAAGACAAGUAUUUUGUGUGAGAUUACAUACGUGUAACACCUUUUUUGAUUUUACUGGAAGGUAGUAAAUUAUUAUUCUGGUUAAAUUGUUUAAGUGCAGCUUCGAAACUGAAAGAAUUGCUGACCAUAGAAACAGCCUUAUUAUUAUUUUCACAUAGAAAAUCAGGCAGUGUCAGAGAUUAGAAUAUAAGAAACUUUAUUUUAUAAUAUGUUCCCACGUUCACUAAUGUGGAGGGAAGAGUUCAUAAACAGUUUUAUACAGUCUAGUGAAGGGCUAUUUUUACACUAAUUGACUUUUUGCAGCAGCGUCCGACUCAAACACGGGCUGUGAAAUGUGAAACACUGUUGGAUGGUUAAGCUGAAAACAUGCAUUUAUAAUAAAAUGACUUAUUGACAACGUAAAUGUACUCAGUUCU